AUGGAGUCCGCCAAAGAGACUCUCCACAAGGUCGUCAACCCGCCAACAAAGGAGGGCAAGAGCAGCCAGACCCAAGACAAGCCCGGUCUGGAGCGCGACAUGGAGAGCAAGCCUACCAAAGUCCAUCUCCAGUGCGGCGAGGGAGGGGGACGAUCCACGUACACGCCCUGCGGAAAACUCAAGGGCAAAAACGCCGUCAUCACGGGCGGGGACUCUGGCAUUGGCCGAUCUGUGGCCAUCCUGUUUGCCAUGGAAGGCGCCAAAGUAGCCGUCGUCUAUCUGCCGGUCGAGGAAGACGACGCCCAGCACACCAAGAAGCAGGUUGAGAAGAACGGCGGCGAGAUUGUCCUCGUCCCAAGCGACUUGAGCCAUGCGAGCAACUGCCGAGACGUCGCGACUACCAUCAAGUCCAAUUUUGGAAAAGUCGACAUUCUCGUCAACAACGCCGCGACUCGCAAUGAAAAGGGGACUAUUUCCGAAAUCUCCGAUGAGCAAUGGGCUUCGACCUUCCGAGUCAACAUUGAUUCGUACUUUCACCUCACCAAGGCCAUCCUGCCGCUCAUGUCCAAGGGCGGAUCCAUCAUCAAUAGCGCGUCGGUGGAUUCGUACAUUGGAGUACCCAGCCGGCUGGAUUAUGCCACCACAAAGGGGGCCAUCAUUGCCUUUACCAGGUCCUUGUCAAACUACCUCGUCAAGAAGGGCAUCAGAGUGAACGCCGUGGCUGCUGGUCCUACCUGGACACCCCUGGUUGCUUCCGGCGUGGAUGAAAAGGGUCAAAAGGGCCACGGCCUGGGCAACUGGACUCCAAUGGACAGGAUUGGCCAGCCAGUCGAGGUGGCCACCAGCUACGUGUUCCUGGCGUCGAGCGAAAGCCAGUUCAUGAGUGGACAGACGCUGCACCCCAAUGGGGGUAUUGUGGUGAAUGGGUAA